AUGUAUACCGUCAUCGCGCGGCUGCAGGUCGUUUACCACCCGUUCUCCGACACAGGCUCGUACUUCCAGUGCCUGGCCGAGGCUCAGAGGGCAGAGCCCGCCGGCGACUCGCCCGACGGCCAUGCGAACGGAGAGUCCGCCGAGCCGGCCGCUUGA